UCGAAGAAAACUUGGCCAGUGAGAACGCAGGUGUCGAAGCCCUUGGAUAUACGUGGCUGCAAGAGGCAAGUCCUGAGAGCAGCAUAGCUAAAUCAAGAGCAAGAAGGUUCGCCAGUUUCCCAACAGGCAGCAAACUUUUGGCUAAAAUGACUCUGACCGUCCCCAUCGAAGGCCUGGGUGAUUCGGGGAGCCUCGAGCUGCUCCACAAGGUCACCUUCAACCUGCCCAAUGACUCGGUUUCUUGGGCACGGAACUACCCCAACACUUCUCCUUCUGAUCGCAAUGCUCUAUACAGCCGCUUGGAAACGUUUCUGGACAGCCUGGGCUACGACGGUCAUGUCUGCACGCUGAGAACGCUGUGCGAAGUAGCGGAGUCUCCCUUCGACCACGGCCUCUACGGGGAGGUCGUCAACCUUGUCUUGUCCACGUCCCACAGCGCCGACCAGAACGACGUGUACGACGAAUACAUGACAGCCGAGUACUACGGCUCGACCUACGGCGACUGCGGACGCAUCUAUACCGGCUGCCCCCACUCCGUGCUGGACGCCGUGACCAGGAUGUUCUGAGGGAGAGGCCGUGCCGAGAACACUCGCUGAUUUGUUUGUUCAUCUGUUAAUUCAUUAGAGCUUAG